AUGACGACGUCCGACAGCGCCGACAACGAGCGCGUGCGUCGCCUCUUCGCCGACGUCGUGGCCAGCUCCAAGUCCCUCGUGCGCGGCUUCCUUACCGUCGACGCCGCCUCCGACUCGGCGGCCGUCAAUUUGGUCUGGGGGCAGAAAGACCUCGUGCACCGCGUGGCGCACAAGUACCAAGCACAGUACCACGUGGCGGACCUCACACAGUCGCAGCCACAGGUUCUCGUCGCGGGGUUUCCUACCGAUUGGACCAGCGACUGCACGAGUGUCUCACCCUCAGCGAAGCGCGUGGUGACGCUCGAUCUCAAGGACGUCACGUCCGAUAGGACGACGUCCGAAGGCGUUUUUCGCGUGUACGCUGAGAACCACUUGGUGUCGACCUUCCGAGCUCCCAAGACGCUGCACGGGGCUAUCUAUCUGGAGGAACGGGGCGGCGGCAUUGUCUGGUCCCACGAUGAAGCGACCAUUGCGUACGUGGCCGAGAAGAAACGGGUCGAGUGUCCUGCGUUCUGGAGGGACGUGAACGCGCCAGACGGAAAGAUUGAGGACGACGAGGACGAGCAGGUGGACUUGGUCAGAAGAGGGGCCAAGUUCGAGUACGAAGACGACUGGGGAGAGCAGUACGAAGGGAAGCGAACCGCGUCGAUUUUCCUCGUGACGCUGGCAACUGGGAAGAUCGAAGAGGUCAUGGGCGUGCCGGCGAACGUGACGUGCGCCGACGUGGCUUUUGUGCCUGGGGAUCACGAGCUCGUGUUUGCAGGGACCAGGACAGACUGCCCGAAGCGACUUGGCCUGAUCUACUGCUGCAACCGACCGACUGCUCUGUACCACGUGGUGUUAGACCGCGAAGAUCGAGCCAAGACGGUGGUGAAGAAGCUGGAGCUGAUGCCGCAGGAUGAAGACAGCAAGACCAUUGCGACCAUGCGGAACCCGCGCUUCUCACCUGAUGGCGACCAACUCGCCUUCCUCGCUACUCGGGACGUUGCGACUCAUGGAACGUGCAGCUUCCUAUGCGUGACGCAGUGGGUUACUAAGCACACGUCGACGUUGAUUCCCGUCAAAGAUGAGCCUGAUACGCCUGGCACCGAUGUUACAAAGGCGUUCAAUGGACUGUUCGAUGGCAAACUGAGUGCAAAAGCGUGGUCGCCUGAUGGCAAAUACAUUCACGUGGUGACACGAGUGGGCUCUCGUCUAGUGUGGAAGUACGUCGACGUGAGCACGAAGAACCUGAUUUCUCCACAGUACGUCGAUGGCGCUGAAGCCGCUAUUGAAUCCGUGCUGGAUCGCAACGGAGACCACUUCUUGGUGAUGGUGACGUCCCCCACGCGCCCCGCUAGCAUUUUCCUUGUAGAAAUUGACCCGGCAACAGGUAUGCACAGACGUCCACCUCUUGCCAUUGACGAUCAGCAAGGAAGUGCAAAGUACAUUGGGCGCUGGGAAGUGUACUCUAUUCCAGCGUCCGUGUCGGAUGAACCAGCCGCAGCGAAAAAACUCCCUGCGGUACCUAAAGUGCUGGAAGAUCUGCUGAUUCCACCGGUGUCCAGCUCAAGUGACUAUGAAGCAACCGUGAUGCUACCAAGCAGCCCCCCGCCAUCAGAUGGCUAUCCUGUCAUCCUCGAGCUGCAUGGUGGACCGCACAGCAAUGCAAGCGUCAUGUACCGAGACAUGUGCGAAUUCUGGGCUGCUCUGGGUUUUGCAACCGUUACUGUGAAUUAUCGAGGCAGCACUGGAUAUGGGAUGAAGGCACUGGAAUCUCUCAUUGGAAAGGUUGGUACGCAAGAUGUGUACGACUGCCACUACGGCCUGAAGUAUCUGCUGGAUGAGAGCUCGAGACUCGGUCUGUCGUUGGACAAGUCUCGCGUGCACUGCUCAGGUGGCAGCCACGGCGGGUUUCUCGUCGCACACCUCAUUGCCCAGUUUCCGGGCUUUUACAAGUCCAUGGUCACUCGCAAUCCCGUUACAAACAUGUCAAGCACGUUUUACACUUCCGACAUCCAAGACUGGAAUCUCGCGUGUGCAGGCAUCCAGCGAUUCGAAGGCAUUUAUACGUCGCAGAAACUGUACAACUCGAGGGAUGAGCUCCCAGUUCUGACCUCGGAAGCGCGUGUGGCCAUCCUCAGCAAGUUGUGGCAGCACUCACCUGUGAGUCAUGAUCUAAGUAAGGUUACGACACCUGCGCUUUUCGGACUCGGUGGAAAGGAUCGACGCGUGCCUCCCAGCCAAGGUUUGGAGUAUCGUGCGACGAUUGCGAGUCACGGUGUUCCUACGCGACUUUUGUGGUACCCCGACGACUGUCACCCGCUGGAAUCCGUGGAGGCUUUUGGUGACUUUUCGGUAAACUGGGGGCUUUGGCUGCUGAAGUAUAACCCGAAGUAA